UCUCUCCUGUGGGGAUGCCAUAGCAUGGCUGGCUGCCGCCGCCGCCCCCGUUCUCUGUUACCAGGUCUCCCCUCGUCCAUGUUGAAUCCACGACCUCCUCUCCCCAUUCGCGUCUCCAUCACCUGACGCCGCCUCGUUUGAAGAUCGCCGCCGCUGUCUCCGGUGAAGCCUACCGCCUCCCCUGUAGGACUGCACCACCUCCCUGUCCAGAGCCAUGUUCUCUCCCGUCGAGGUCCCUGUCGUCAUCUUCCCUUUCCAAGAUCUGAGAUUGACGAUGAGGCGAAGGUUACGUUCGGCAUCGUGUUUCAUAGGCGCUCAUGAUCCCCUCCAUGAUAACUCUUCAAUUUAAUGAUGCACUUCAAAUUGUAUAUGCAUGGUUUGUCAAAAAAGUAUGUUCCAACUAGCUUCAUAAUGGAGGACCAAACAAAUUUGGACUUAUGGGUCAGCAUCAGUGAGGAGGAAAACGUCAAAGCUUCACCUACGGACGACUGCAGGUCCAGGUCCUUGCAGUUAUGGCGUGCUCCACUAUCUACGUGCGGGAAAGGCAGAUAAGCGGCUAGAGGGAGAUGCGAUAAAAGAAAGCCAGACUUGUUUCAACUUCUGACGUACUAUCAGCGACGAUCCCAUCACCCACAGCAGGUUGUAGUCCCACACCUCUUCAAUGGGAUCAAGCGAGUGUGUCCAUUACAAUUCCCAACACUAAGAGUUCAACAGUUCUCGAGUUUGCACUUUGGUGUUGUCCUCUAAAACUUUAUGAAGAUUGUUAACCAGUUUUCUUGUAUGAAACUUUGUCUUAUUUCUAAAAUUUCUUAUAGAGGAGGAGGAACUCAUGGGAGAAAAAAAUGAGGAUUUAAAAGACAGGAGGGAGAUCUUAUGGGAUAUUUCAAUUUUCACUUCUUGUUACCAAAUGUAUUGCCCCACAAAAAGCUGCACUUCAGCUUAUUCCAAUCAGAGGCAUUGUACUCUCUACUCUCAUGCAAGAUUGAAUUGUUUGAAAUAAUACAUGGAUAUUUGGGUGAAGAAGAGAAGGAGUAUCUAAGGACAGAUGUUCUCCUAAGUGAUCUGAGGGUUAGAAAUUUCCAAUUGGUUGAACGCAACCUCAGGCACAACAAUACUAUUGUAUACAGAAUCAGGUCUAAUAGUCAAUGUGAUGGAAGAAUUCAUAAUUGUGUUGUCAUCCGCAAAUAUGACUCGGCUUCCUCUGUUUCGUUGUGCUACUGCAGAGUGUGUGGUGCAGGAGAAUAUUGGCGUUCUAUGGGAGAUGGGAGUUCGAAAUGCGGGGGUCUAGGCAGCCGACGGCCUGAGUGUGAUCCUGCAGCCGUCUAUAGAUGUUUUUUUUGUUCGAAUGGUGCUUGUUUGGCUUUCUCUCAGAAAAAAAAGGUGCUUGUUUGGCUUGGACCUUACUUCAUUUGUAGGCCCCAACUAUAGUUCACUAAGUCAGCUUCAUCAAUUCCAAGGAAAUUUGUGCUGCUCUAUUAGCUUGACUUUCAAGGACUCUGAUGGAGGUCUCUCGGAGAAUAGUAUCGUAGCGAACAUUAGGUUAACUUUGUAGAAUCAUCAAGGUAAGUGGCACAUACAUCUUCUAAUGUAAGUAAGCACAGUUCUCUCACCAACUAAUGAAAUUUGUAAUGUUCUGCUGAUCA